AUGGGCAGAUCACGACGAGCUGGACGUCUAGUCCAGCUCCGCCGACUGGCAAAAGCGUAUGAAACCCCUGGGGUCUUCGACCCCAGGAUUUUCGAUAGGCCCCUACAGCCUCCCAAGCCCUCGCUCCCGCCUCCUCCCCCUUAUCCACAAGCGGUGAAUAGGGCCAGUGUACCCCAAACCCCUGCAGGAGGCCGCACCUCAGCGGAGCAACCACCCCUUCCUCCCCGUCCACGCGCACCUGAACCUUGCCCAGUCAGGGCAUGGGCGCCGCGGCCGCCGGUCACCCCAGCACCGAGGGCGGCUAAAGCAGGACUGGCAGCGGUACUUUCAACCCCGGCGCUUAGACUGGAGAAGAGGCCCCCACCGGGACAGCAGGCCCCCAAGGCUCAGCCCACUACGAAGCGGACCAAACCCUGCGUAGUGCGUAUAGAGGCCCUCCCGCAGAAGGUCCGACUGGUCAGGCGCCCUAGGAAACCGCUGCUGCCCACCCAAGACAUGCCCUUGCUGGUGUAG